AUGAAAAGUGGAUUUUCGAAAAACAAUCAAUUUUAUACUUAUAUUCCAGCAGCCAAUUCUAAUAGUACCAAGUUAUUAUUGUUCUUACAUGGAUUAGGCUCGUCUCAGAACUUUUAUUACUCUAUUGCUAGAAAAUUUCCUCAAUUCAAUGUCUUGUUAAUUGAUCAUGAAGGAGCAGGACAAUCCAAGUUGUUGCACCAUACUAAUUUGUCUUUACAGAACUUGUGUGAAAACGUUGUUUCUGUUCUACAAGAGUUAUCCUUGAACAACUUAGAAAUUAUACUAAUUGGACAUUCAAUGUCAGGUAUGUUAGUUAAUUAUAUGAAUUUGCAUACCGAUUUGCCAAUUAUUAAAAAUGUGUUGAUUGCUCCUGUUCAUCCUCGAAAGAAUUUGGUAGAUAUAAUGCAAAAGAGAAUUGAUUCCUUACAAGUAAGUCGAUCAUUAAUUGAAUUUAGCAAUUCUAUCCCUGAAGCGGCUACUGGGUCUAACUGUGGUGAUUUGCAGAUUGCUUUUAUAAGACAAUUGAUACAAGGAAAUUCCGCAGAUGGAUAUAUUGCGAAUUGUCAAGCCAUUAACAGUGGUCUCAACUAUGAUUUUGAUUAUGCUAAAAUUGAUAAGCCAACUUUGAUCAUUUAUGGGAAACAAGAUCAGACUUCACCUUGGGUAGGAUGUGUUGAAGAAAUUUAUAAAAGCUUACCCAAUGCUAAAUUGAAAGAGCUAGAUGUCGGUCACUGGAUUGUUAUUGAAGACGAUAAGAAUGUAUAUAAUGCUUUAGAAAAGUUUAUCCAAGAAUGA